CCGGCGCUUUCUCCCUCCGCCUGGCUCCGUUUCCGACAGCGGCGUCCACGUGCGGGUUCAAUCGGGCUUCGCAGGAUAAAAGAGCCGCGUCGCAGUUCGGACCGGAUGGCUUCGUCUUUCGAGCAGAUGAGGGCGAACGUGGGGAAGCUGCUGCGUGGCAUUGACAGGUACAACCCUGAAAACCUGGCCACCCUGGAGCGUUAUGUUGAGACACAAGCCAAGGAGAAUGCUUAUGACCUGGAGGCCAACCUAGCGGUCCUUAAACUGUACCAGUUCAACCCGGCUUACUUCCAGACCAACGUGACAUCGCAGAUCCUCCUGAAAGCCCUGACCAACCUGCCCCACACAGACUUCACCCUGUGCAAGUGCAUGAUCGACCAGACACACCAGCAAGAGGAGCGCCCCAUCAGGCAGAUCCUCUACCUGGGGAACCUUCUUGAGACCUGCCACUUCCAGAGUUUCUGGACGAGUCUAGAGGAGAACAGAGAGCUCAUUGACGGCAUCACUGGAUUUGAGGACUCGGUUCGCAAGUUCAUCUGCCAUGUCGUUGGCAUUACCUACCAGAACAUUGAGCACCGGUUAUUGGCUGAGAUGCUGGGAGACCCUCUGGACACCCAGGUGAAGGUGUGGAUGAGUAAAUACGGCUGGACAGAGAACGAAGAAGGCCAGAUCUUCAUCUUCAACCAGGAAGAGAGUGUCAAGCCCAAGAACAUCGUAGAGAAGAUCGACUUCGAGAGUGUGUCAAGCAUCAUGGCCACAUCUCAGUGACACGCACACACACACACACACACACACACACACACACACACACACACACACACACAUAUAC